GUUCUCGCCCGCCAACAGCAAUUUUCCAGGUCGCCAGUGCAAGUGACAUCUGGUCAAUUCGGAGACAAUGCAAGACCCUAAAGAAAAAAGCCAACCGGUCUCAGUCUACGAUUAUGCUACGGACUAUGAGUUAUGUAGGUCAGUCUGGCCAUUCAUCGCCGCCACAGGGCUACCGGACCAGUCGCAAUUCGUGGACCUUGCCAGCCUCGUUAGGUCUCGAAUGGCACAGCUCGACGACGCGCUCCACAGCUGGUCCGGCAUCACCGCCACCAGGUCAUGCCAUGAUAUCCUCGUCGAGACGCUGUCUUGGUUCCAGGACGAGAAGGCGGAUGGCUUCGGGGAGAAACUCGGCCGCGGUAUGCGGUGUCCGCAGCCGGCACACGAGAUCCCGUCCGUCCUUAUGAUCACGGCAUCUCUUCUUCUGACGAUCGACGUGGUGCGCGAAUUCGACGCGAGCAGACCGUUCUCUGUUGUCGUACGGUGGCCGAUGGGCAAGUCUCUGCGAGAAGCCGUCGCUGUGUCCUUUGACGAGUACAAGGCGCCAGCCACUGGCCCAUUCACAAGCCCAUCCUCGACGCUGAAGAGGCUCAACAUGGCCACACUAGUCAAGAGCUUUGGCUACUCGAUCCGCUGGACAGACAACCUCAAAGAACACCUCACGAUCAAGUCCAAGCAAGUCUGGAUAUACAAGCACAAACUGCUCCUCGCCGCCCUCCUACAGACCCCGCGCAACAACCGGACAGACAUCAUUCCUCGGCCCGUCGUCGAGGAAGCCCUCGACACACUCAAUCUCCUCUUCCCCCCCGGCCACCGGAAAACCGGCAAACUCCUCAAGCAGCACUCCCAGGCCUUCCACAGCCUCGGCUACUGCGGCCGCCGCCCAGCAGCCACGCACCGCCCCUCGCUGCAGGACUACCCAUACUGGGGCGCGAAGCUGCAGGCACUGCUCGCGGCGCUGGACGAGCCGCCCGCGCUCGGCGUGCGGUCCAUGUUCCUCCGCAAGGACAAGCGGAACCUGGUCGAGUCGGUCAACUUCUGGCUCGCACUGCUGGUCGCCGUGCUGACGGUCGCGAGCAUCGUGCUGGGCGUGCUGGGGGUCGUGUACGCCAAGCUGUCGUUCGACGUGGGCAGGGAGUCGCUGGAGCUUACGCGGCAGCAGUGGCUUCUGUCGCUGGCGCAGGCGUGUGCCGGCGGUGAGGAGCCGCAAGGUGCGACGCAGCUGGCGGGUUUCUGUAGCCAGGCGACGUGAUGCAUGUGUGGUGUUUGGCUGAGAUGAGACGGCAGUCUGGACAAAUGAGAGGAAUAUGUCUUGAAAUCAGAUUGAACUAGUUGCUUGUACUGCCGUGCGCGCAAUCCUUCGGGACCAUGGAGCGGACGACGGUGGAAGCACUGUCCUGUAAGUGGCCGUCUGCAAGGGCUGGAAUUCUAAUGUUGAGAAGGCGUGCUGUCAUGCUGAUGGUCAAAAGACUGGGAACACUUCUGGUCUGCAUCACAUACAAACGAUGUUCCUUGGUGGAGAAGGAGAGGAUAGUGCGACUACCGAGUUGUUUGCGCGCAGGCAGGAAAGCACACACUCAUACAAGCAAAAUGACGAUGUCCACA